AUGAACUAAUUCAACAAUGUAUAUAAUUAAAGUAAUUUUAGCUUGAAAGUCGAAUAGUUGUAUUUAGUUUGAGGUAUUAAAAAAUAGAAUAAGAGUAUAAGUUGAGGUUGAAAAAGUGUUAAAAAAGUUGA